AUGGGAAACUUCUCAGCCUCAUACCUCGGUACAACCUUUCUACUACUCCUAGCAUAUAUCUGCGCCGCUGCCACAGGGGAAGCAGCUGAAAAUGGACCAAAGAAGGUGGUGCGCAUCCAGAACGACUUAGAUGGAACUAAACUUAUGGUCCACUGCUGGUCGAAGGACGAUGAUCUCGGCAUUCACAACCUCGUGAAGGGAGACUACAUGCUGUGGUCGUUCCGCAACAGUUGGCUUAUGGACACCCUCUUCUGGUGUACCAUCCAGUGGGAUGGCGGCAGCCCACAGCUAUUUGCUGUCUAUAAGCAAAUAAGAGAUAAUCCAAGGUGUUCGCUUAAGUGCUGGUGGAGCAUAAGGCGGGAUGGCGCCUACUCUUUCAAUGAGAACAUCCGCAAAUAUGAAUUAUUGUAUAAAUGGAAGAAGCAAAAGAUAUUCGACGUUAACUUGGCACUUGAUGAGUCGAGUGAAAAUGCCAACGAUUAA